AUUUGGCUCAGGUUUUAUUCGAGCCAUAUAAGUCACAUUUUGUUUCAUCGCGCGGUCAUCGUGGGAACUUCGCAUUCUUUGCUGAUCUCACUCUGCCUCCUUCGAUAAUCGCUAUGGCGAAGCAGAAUGAAAUAAACACCAUCUGCGAAUGUCGAUACGCUCUUGAAGAAGAGACGAAAGACAGCUUCAAUAACAUCCCAAAUAUUCACGAGAUCGAUGAGGCAGAGAGCGAGACUGAAGAAAUGACGGCUUUAGACCAGCUAGAUCUUUUUGGUUCGGAUGAAGAAGGUGAUGAAGUUGUGCAGAAGACUAAGGACACGUCAGACGAUGAAUCCGUGUAUAUAGGCGAGUCUUUCUGCUCUGACGAAUCCUGCGAUGAAUCCGAAGUUACAAAUGUCACGUCAGGAUCGCUGAAUACUUCGUCUCUGAUCCAUAUCACUGAUCUCCCCCUCAGCCAGAGUUCAAAGGAACAGGAAAUUAGAAUUAGUGAGAGUUGGAAAGACAAUUGCCAGGAUGAGUCUUAUUUGUCCAGUGAUGAACUGCCUCGCGCCACCACAGCAGAUAGAGAUAGAUUUACCAAGUCAAGGAAGUGCAAACGGUGGAAUAUGAGCUUCACCGACGAGGAAAUGCGUAAGAUCGAGCGGGAGAACGAGCUACUGCUGAGGAAGAUUAUGGCACAACAAAAACCUCGGCACAAAAUUCUUGGCGAGGAUACCGUUCAAUCUAGGACUAGUAGUUCCGCGAUAAAUAGGAAGAAGUUGCAAAAGAAGAUAGAAAAUGAUAACAUGCUACUCCUCAGAAGAAUACAACAGGCGAAAUCUUGCGUUUUCACAAAUACAUCGAAAAUGGGUUGUAGAUUGACCUUUUUGUAGAAUUUUUAUAAUGUUGAAAAGAAUUUUGUUUCAUCUCGUUAUGAAACAAAAUCAACCACAUCAGCGGAGUAAGAUAAUCAACUGCUACUGUAAAGAAAAAACAUUGGGAUAUAAAUCAAGAAAUUAGGCCUUAUCAUUUUUUAGUAUGACUCCUAAGUAGUCGCCGCAGCUCUAUUAUGUCAUGCUGUCAUAAGCGAGAAAUGACACGUUGAAAUUUCUUACAUACCAUUUAUAAAUAAAAAGCUUGAGUGAAACAAGAUAAUGAGAUAAUUGCUUUAAAACAUUUAUAAAAAUAAGCCAAAAUUAUGCUUUUCUCUCAUAGUAAAUAGAUAUAAAAGGCAAAAAAAUACGCGUAAGAUUUUAAGCCUAUUUUCACUUUAUGAUUCGGGGGAAAGGCAGGAGGGAUAGUUAUGCAAGAAACUUCCACGUCUCAUUUCUUACGACCUCACAAUUCAAUAUUAUCACGGUGACUAAUUGGGAGCUUUAAAUGUUUUAUUAUUUAUGUAAAUGUCAGUUUUGAAACAACUUACGAUGGAUUUCGACUUAAUAAAGAAAAAUCCUCUGUAAAGUUCGUACUUUCUCGAAUACAAAACAUUAUGCUUUUUUGUGACUUCUUUAUUAAAACACAACGAUUACCAGUCUUGAAGAAUAGGUACACAUUUCUUUAACUUCACAUUUUGUGUAUACGGCGCAAUCUUGUAAACUUGUCUCUUGAAAAUUUGCUUGAAGCUAUCUCUACAAGACUAUAAAAAAUCACAGUUCUCACUCAUCUCAAAUAACUUAAUUAUCACUCAUGGUUAAUAUAAAAAAUCGGGAACUCUUGAAUAUUGUGACAAUUCUCUUUUUCUUUCUUUUUUCCCUUGCACUAUAUCAUAGACAUAGUAUCCAUUACAUUCAUAUACGAGCAAUAUCGUAAGAGAAAAGGGUGUAUUAUGUGUCAAGGAGCAAAUUAUAAAUUUCUGUAGAAGUAAUGUAUAAUGAUAUAGUUUCCUUUAAAUUAAUGUGUGCUGCGAUUAUAAUAUGAAACUGUAUUUCUUUUUUUGUAACUGUAUUUGACUUUUUCUUAUCGAUCUUGUAAUUCCAUAUCCGUCUAUAAAAUUCCGUAUCUGUUUCCAUUUCAAUG